GUUUAGUGUUAAAAGUUUUACUUAUUAUACCAAGUGAGACAUGUAUUCAACACGUUUAAAACAAUGUUUUACAAUAUCUAUACCGUAUUUAAUAGUAUUUUCAAUUAUUUCGACUCAUAUGGCAAUGGCGGCCAAACCUACGUACACAGUGGUUGCCCCCAAAAAAUUGAGGCCAAACACUGACUUUGAUGUAAGUGUGUCGGUGUCCGACCUGACGGCCCCCUUACAAGUGAGCGCUACGGUCAGUGGCGGUCCCAACAACAACACCAUCAACGGGACGGUAGCUUUCAACGCAUCCGAGACUAAGGUUAUAAGUCUGGCUAUAGGCGACUGGCCUGAGGGCGCCUACAAGUUGUACAUCGAGGGCAUCGGCGAAGUGUACUUCCCUAUUGUGGUGCCACCGGAGCCAACGCCCAGGCCUUACCACAUAACCCCCGGUUCAGUGACUCCCGGGUAUGUAACCAAAAGUGAGCCGGCAAAGGCGUCCGGUUUCCGCAAUGAGGUGGCCCUGGUGUUUGAGCCCAAGAGUGUGUCCGUAUUCAUACAGACCGAUAAAGCCAUGUAUAAACCGGCACAGAAGGUACAGUUCCGGGCACUGGUAGUCAAACCGUCGCUAUUACCUAAACUCAACACAUCUAUCGAUAUCCACAUAAAGGACGCGAACGGAAAUCGUAUCAAACAGUGGACUAAAGUUAUGCCUAUUAAUGGUGUGGUUUCGGAGGAACUACAGCUCUCUGAGCAGCCAGUGCUCGGCGACUGGAUUAUAGUCGUGGAGGCGUUGGGACACAAACAUGAAAAAGGGUUUUCGGUGGCCGAGUAUGUGUUGCCCACGUUUGACGUCGAGAUAGCCCUACCCUCCUAUGCGACCCGUAGUAAGUCCGAUAUGAUGGCGACCAUCAAAGCUGUCUAUACGUACGGAAAGCCCGUUAAGGGAGACCUCACUCUCACCGUUCAGACUAAGGACUAUAAUCCGAGCAAAUACCGAACCAAAGCUCCUAUAGACGGAACAGUAGACAUACCCAUCGAUAUCAUGGAUGACUUGAGUCUUCAGAAUAACUUCUACGGCGACAAAGAGGUUGAGUUCGUGGCGGAGGUGAAGGAGGCGCUGACGGGACGGAAGUAUAAUAAGUCAAAGACUAUGAAAAUACACGAAAGAGACGUAAAGGUGGAGCUCAUCAAGACGUCCAAGACUUUUAAGCCGGGCCUCAAAUACACGGUUAUCGUGAAAGUGAGUUAUCAGGACAACACACCCGUCGAGGAUAACGGCCCGCAAGUGACUCUCCGGUAUGGCUAUGACUAUAACGAGCAUCAGUGGAACGACACGUUGCUAUUGAAACCCGUCAAAGGGAUGGUCAUUGCGGAGGUAUUGCCGGCUAAAGGGAAAGACAUGUUGGGAAUGAAGGCUGAAUACAAGGGUCAGUCAUAUAAUACUGAACACAUACAGAAGGCUGAGUCGCCGUCCAAUAACUACAUUCAAGUGAUCCGAAGUGACACCAAAGAUGUCAGUGUCGGUCAAGACAUCAAAUUGACGGUCACUGCCACCGAACCCAUGAAACAACUCGUCUAUCAAGUGAUGGGAAAGGGAGCUAUAGUACAGGCGGGCACUCUGUCGCCAAAUAACAGCACGUCCUAUGAGUUUACAGUGAAAGCCGACCAACGACUGGCCCCUAAGGCACGGGUAGUCUGUUAUUACGUGCGCGACGAGAACCAGGAGGUGGUGGCCGACGCCCUGAACCUCGAUGUCGACGGUGUGUUCCGAACGCCGGUUACCGUCGAUACGGACGUCAAAGAGACCAAACCGGGAGCGCCGGUAGCCGUGAGAGUGGACACGAAGCCCAACGCCUCGGUGCACGUGUUAGGUGUCGACCAAUCGACGGUGUGUUCCGAACGCCGGUUACCGUCGAUACGGACGUCAAAGAGACGAAACCGGGAGCGCCGCGUACUUUUGCUGAAAUCUGGUUAUGAUUUGAGUCGUGAGGAUGUGAUCAAAGAGUUGCAGACAUACGACGCGGCGAAGGCUGGCGAUGAGGGCCAGUACUCGAGGUAUUGGUGGCCCGGAUCGGCCACUACUGGUGAGGUGUUUGACGACUCGGGAGUUGUGGUGCUGUCCAAUGGACUCAUUCAUAGACAUCAGCCGUACAGCGACUAUUUCAUUGCUGAUGAUGCUGUUGGUGUCCCUAUGGCUGAGAUGGCCAUGGAAAAGGGGGCAGUUUUUGAUGCCCCGGUCUCUGCAGUUCAUAUGAAAAAGUUUGCCAUCAAUUUUGCCGCUGAAGCUCCCGGUGCUGUCGGGGAUGUUAUGGCUAGCAGUGAGCCGCCGAAACUUAGGAAAGACUUUCCCGAGACCUGGAUCUGGGAGUCCAUUACUGCCCUUGUGGCUGGUUUUGGAGGUGGGGGCGCACCCAUACCCAAGCAAUCACAAUUAGAAAUGCGGUCAUUUGCAUCCCGGGGUCCCCCCGGUAUGGCCAUCACUCAGACGACUAGUGCUCCCAAACUAAGGAAACACUUUCCCGAGACCUGGAUCUGGGAGUCCACUACUGCCCUGUAUUUGACUCCCAUUGACAGCCCUGUGUAUGGCCCAGAAGGGGAAGAAGACGGGGUUUUCUUUUUGGAUGCCGAGGAGGAGCUCCAGGAGCCGGUGGCAAAGAAGGCCUUCCUUAUGCCUUCCUUUAGCAAAGAUUUCAGUGCAACUCAAGGGUCGGCCGAUAGUUCCGGCGCCCACACCACUAGAAAUGCACCCAAACCUAGGAAACACUUUCCCGAGACCUGGAUCUGGGCGUCCAUUAUUCCCAAUGAUUAUUAUGACUCGGAUGGGGAUUUCCUUUUGGAUUACGAAGAGGAGCUCGAGGCGCCGCCGGCAAAGAGGACUUUCGUUGCCGAGUCUAAUGAUAUCAGUGCUACUAAUGUCGGCGCCCACACCACUAGGGAGGAGUGGGAGGAGGAGCCGGUGGCAAAGAAGGCCUUCGUUGUCGAGUCUAAUGAUAUCAGUGCUACUCGAGAAUCAGUCGAUAGUGCCGGCGCCCACACCACUAGUACCGAUCGCGGUCACGGUCUCAGUCGAGAUCCCGUUCCCGAUCACCCGAUAGCCCUACGUAUGAAUACCACAAGAGGAACCGGGUCAUGUCUGGGGAAGGAAUUGUACUUGAUACUCACACUUCUCGUAAUAAGGGGUGCUUUCAGACCGCGAAACAUACCCCGAAUUAUCUCAUUAGACCGAUUCCAAUCGGUUCCGACCUCCCUGUCCGCUGUACGGCCGCAUACGGCACACCCUAAGGCUAAUCAUCUCAAGAAAGUUAGAAAACAUUUCCCCGAAACAUGGCUCUGGGAAUCAACAUCAGCCAGACCAUUGGGGAGGUUAGUAAAAGGUGGUAAAGCCAUGGUUAUAAAGGCUAAAAAGGCCCCCAGAAAAGAUGUGGCUGAGCAUGUUCCCGAUGAUUAUUAUGACUCGGAUGAGAAUCACGGUUUCGUUUUGGAUUCGGUGGAGGAGUGGGAGGAGGAGCCGGUGGCAAAGAAGGCCUUCGUUGUCGAGUCUAAUGAUAUCAGUGCUACUCGAGGAUCAGUCGAUAGUGCCGGCGCCCACACCACUAGUACCGAUCGCGGUCACGGUCUCAGUCGAGAUCCCGUUCCCGAUCACCCGAUAGCCCUACGGGGUGCUUUCAGACCGCGAAACAUACCCCGAAUUAUCUCAUUAGACCGAUUCCAAUCGGUUCCGACCUCCCUGUCCGCUGUACGGCCGCAUAGGCACACCCUAAGGCUAAUCAUCUCAAGAAAGUUAGAAAACAUUUCCCCGAAACAUGGCUCUGGGAAUCAACAUCAGCCAGGGGGUGCCUUUAGACCGCCACACCUACCAGCGAUUUUUGCAAUAAUCCGAUUCCAAGCGGUCCCGCCCUCCCAUUUGAGCGCUAUAGGGGCUCCACAUCCCACACCAUUGCCGGAGGGUGCCUUCAGACCGCCAAACAUUCUCGCGAAUUUCGCAAUAAUCCGAUUGCAAGCGGUUUACACGCGUACGGCACAGCCUAAGGCUAACCACCUCAGGAAGAUUUCACUAAUGAAUUGCUAUUUCAGUGCCAAUGGGAGUGCUGUCAUACAGAGUACUAUCCCCGACACCAUUACCUCGUGGUUUGUCAGCGCCUUUGCUAUGGACGCCGAGACGGGACUCGGGAUUGCGGCUAACAGUGCGAAGGUAACGGUGUUCCGACCGUUUUUCAUCAAACUCUCUCUACCCUACUCUAUAAUAAGAGGCGAAUCGGUGGCCAUUCAGGCGAUUGUCUUCAACUAUAUGUCCAAAACGGUCGACGCGGACGUUGUGAUGCACAACACGGACGGGGAGUUUGAGUUCACGACCGCCGCCAACGACUUGGACGCCGACGCCGCCAGAAAUGUGACCGAAAAACGGAAGUCCAUUAAAGUGGGCGCCAAUGACGGCGUUUCCGUCACUUUCCUGAUUACCCCUAAAAUUGUGGGCAAUAUUGACAUUAAGCUGACGGCCACCACACCGGCUGCGGGCGACUCCGUGUCCCAGAAAUUGGUGGUCAAACCCGAGGGUCAGACCCAGUACUUCAAUAAAGCACUUCUCGUCGACUUCAAGAACUCGUCGCAGAAUGUGUUGAAACAAAACGUGUCGGUUGUCGUCCCCAAGAAUGCCGUUCCCGGGUCUGAAAGGGUGAAUGUGGCGGUCAUUGGAGAUAUCAUGGGGCCUACGGUUAAUAACCUGGAUAACUUACUGAGGAUACCCUGUGGGUGUGGCGAACAGAAUAUGCUUAAUUUUGUGCCGAAUAUCGUUGUCUUGAAUUACUUGAAACAAAUCAAUCGACUGACGCCUCAAAUCAAAUCAAAGGCCGUCUCUAACAUCGAAACGGGAUAUCAAAGGGAACUGACGUAUAGGCGGACCGACGGGUCGUUCAGUGCUUUCGGCAAAUCUGAUGGGAGUGGCAGCACAUGGCUGACGGCGUUUGUGGUCAAGUCGUUCAGUCAGGCAAAGGGAACGGUAGACGUGGACCAGAAGGUGAUUGACUCCGGCAUCCAAUGGCUACUAAAUCAACAGAAACUUGACGGCAGUUUCAAUGAACCGGGAAAUGUGUUACAUAAGGACAUGCAGGGCGGGUCGACCGGCAAUAAGGCUGUCCUCACGGCCUACGUACUGAUUUCAAUACUUCAGGAUAAUGGUGCCAAUGAGACUGAGCGCAAGACUGCCAUAAGUGCGGCUGAAAACUACAUCCGAAACCAAUUGAACGAAACUCAAGAUCCGUAUGACUUGUCGAUCAUAAGUCACGCCUUGUUUUUGGCUAACAGUCCCUCAAAAGACGAGGCGUUCACUAAAUUCAUGAAACUUAGCCGUAAUAGCGGUGACUAUAAGUGGUGGUCGAGUGAUAACGGCACCAAAACCAGCGACCAGUCCAGUCGACUGUCCACAUAUGGCUCUGAGCCCAAGUCAUACGACGUGGAGAUGUCUGGCUAUGGGAUGCUGUCACUGGUGGCCAGGAAUGACGUCGAGAACGCGCUACCAGUGCUCCGGUGGUUGAUCUCCAAACAGAACUCAAACGGAGGGUUCGCCUCCACUCAGGACACCGUCAUUGGGAUCCAGGCGUUGGGGGCGUUGGCUCAACGCCUGUCCAACACUGAUAUCGCAUUAGACGUGAAAUUCAAUUAUAAAACGGAUGAUAAAACCGAUACAAAAGACCUGCAAAUCGAUAACAACAACGCAAUGGUAUUACAGAAGAUUGAGUUACCGGUGAAUACGCGGGAAGUGGACGUGGAGGCCCGGGGUGUGGGCGCCGCAAUUGUUCAGGUCUCCUAUCACUACAAUCUGGCCGUCAAUUCAGAGGCGCCGGCGUUUGACUUGAGAGGAGUGGUCGAUAAGGCGUCGACCGAUAGUUACCUCAAACUCAAUAUAUGCACUCACUAUAACAAGGGAACGGCUACUAAUAUGGCGCUCAUGGAGGUAGAGCUGCCCUCAGGUUUCGUGGCGGACAUGGAGUCACUGCCGGUGGGGAAAGACAUCAAACGAGUGGACUCUUCUAAAGGCGACACAAAUAUCAUCAUAUAUUUGGAUAAAAUAACAAAGGAUGACAUUUGUGUGACAGUAGGCGCGCACCGGACCCAUCGGGUGGCCGACAAUAAAGCCGUUCCCAUCGCUGUCUACGACUAUUACGACAGACAACUGUCCGCUCGUGUAUUGUAUGAGCCUAUGGUUGUCAGCCGUAAAGAGUUGACACAACUUUAAAGUUUGGCAACAAAUUAAUGUUUCGCUGUUUUUGUGCUAUUAAUGUGUGCUUUGAUUAUA